AGAUGCAUUUAACAGGUGUCAUCAAUGAACGUGGGUGUUAAUGCAGUAAUUACUGCAUAAAUAUAAGGAAGGUUGUGCAAUUAGUCGACAGAGGAAAAGAUGAUGUUGUACACGUUUUCCUUUUUAGCGGUCACUACGGCAUUACAAUUACCUGCCGAAUUUAAAAAAUGCAGCCGUUCAGAUCCGAAGAUAAACGAAUGCUUGAAGUCGGCGAUCGAAAGGGCCUAUCAGGUUAUGGGCACGGGUAUAAAGGAAUUUAAGCUCGAGUCCACCCAACCGAUCACCGUGGCCAACAUGACGAUCGGAGAGGGUACGGGCGUCGUGCGAGUCGUUCAGAAUUACCAGAACUGGCAACUGUUCAACAUACCCUCGGCGGAAGUUGUGGACCUUAGCUCCCUUGUGACCGACCACCAAUUCAACAUAAACGUGACGUAUAUCCUAAAGGAAACGUACGUGACAUCCCACUACAAGCUGAACGGGAGGAUACUGCUUCUCCCCAUUGUUGGAGAAGGGGAGUGCACAAUUCAGCUACACAACCUAAAGGUGCCCACCCGACAAAUUGGGGAGGUUUCCGAGAGGAAUGGCGUCAAGUACGUGGAAAUAACGAGCCUAAAGGUUCAGCUGAUCCCCGAUAAGGUGGAAUUCGAUUUCAAGAAUUUAUUCAACGGAGAUCCAAAGUUGGGGCCGGAAAUGAAUAAGAUACUAAACGAGAAUUGGAAGGAGAUCUUUGAGGACGUGAAGUAUGCGUACGAGGACGCCUUGGGGGCAGUUUUUAAGAAUGUCGGUAACCUGAUAUUUCGAAAGGUUCCGUACGAUGACCUGUUUCUUCCGUAACACAAUUUCUACUGGGGCAUAUGGUGGACAUCUUUUUGCCGUGAACAAAUGGUCUUAAUUAAUCGGUAGGAAAUCGAGCAAGCCUUAACCAAAAUGUAAUCCCAUAUCAAAAAAUAAAUACUUUCAAUAUACGAAUCAACUACA